GCAAGGGCCCCGAGACGCUGCUGGCGGGGCAGCGCCUGGACGACAACGAGUGGCGCAAGGGCCCCGAGACGCUGCUGGCGGGGCAGCGCCUGGACGACAACGAGUGGCACGCCGUGCGGGUGCUGCGGCGCGGGCGCAGCCUCCAGCUCUCCGUCGACAACGUCACCGUCGAAGGGCAGCUGCCGGGGCCGCACACCCGCCUGGAGUUCCGCAGCAUCGAGACGGGCAUCGCGACGGAGCGCCGCUUCCUGCCCGCGCCGCCCUCCAACUUCCUGGGCCACCUCAGCGGGCUCCUCUUCAACGGGCUGCCCUACCUGGACCUCUGCAAGAACGGCGACAUCAGCUCGUGCGAGCUCACCGCCCGCUUCGGCCGGCGCGCCAUCGUGGCCGGCCCCGUGGCCUUCCGCGGCCGCGGCUCCUACGUGGCCCUCGGCAGCCUGCAGCCCGGCGCCGCCUCCAUGCACCUCUUCUUCCAGUUCAAGACCACGGCGCCCGACGGCCUCAUCCUCUUCAACGGCGGCAACGGCAACGACUUCCUCGUCGUGGAGCUCGUCAAGGGGUACAUCCACUACGUGUUCGACCUGGGCGACGGCCCGUCGCUCAUGAAGGGCAACUCGGAGCAGCCGCUGCACGACGGGCGCUGGCACGAGGUGGCCGUGGCCCGCGAGGGCGGCAGCCUGCACGGGCUGCGCGUGGACGGGCCCGUCACCCAGCACGGCCAGGGCGCCCGCAACCUCGACCUCAAGGGGGAGCUCUACAUCGGCGGCGUGAGCGCGGCGCUGCUGGGGCGGCUGCCCAAGCUGGUGGCGUCGCGCGGCGGCUUCCAGGGCUGCCUGGCCUCCGUGGACCUCAACGGGCGCCUGCCCGACCUGCUGGCCGACGCCCGGCGCCGCGUGGGCCACGUGGAGCGCGGCUGCGACGGCCCCAGCACCACGUGCACCGAGGACUCGUGCGCCAACCAGGGCGUCUGCCUGCAGCAGUGGGACGGCUACGCGUGCGACUGCACCAUGACCUCGUACCGGGGCCCCGUCUGCAAUGACCCGGGCACCACGUACAUCUUCGGCAAGGGGGGGGCCCUCAUCACCUACACGUGGCCCCCGAACGACCGGCCGAGCACCCGCGCCGACCGCCUGGCGCUGGGCUUCAGCACGCAGCAGCGCGACGCCGUCCUCGUGCGCGUCGAGAGCGCCUCCGGCCUCGGCGACUUCCUCCAGCUCCACAUCGCGCAGGGGGCCGUCGGGGUCCUCUUCAACGUGGGCACCGAGGACAUCGCGCUGGAGGAGCGCGGCGCCGGCGUGAGCGACGGCCGCUUCCACGUCGUCCGCUUCACGCGCAGCGGCGGCAACGCGACGCUCCAGGUCGACGGGGGCCCCCUGCACGAGCGCUACCCCGCAGGCAGCGCGGAUAGCGAGCGGCUGGCGAUUGCCCGGCAGCGCAUCCCCUACCGGCUCGGCCGGGUGGUCGAUGAGUGGCUGCUCGACAAAGGCCGGCAGCUGACCAUCUUCAACAGCCAGGCGGCCGUGCGGGUGGGGGGCCGCGACCGGGGCCGCCCCUUCCAGGGGCAGCUCUCGGGCCUCUACUACAACGGGCUCAAGGUGCUGGCGCUGGCGGCCGAGGGGCACCCGCGGGUGCGCCUGGAGGGCGACCUGCGCCUCGUGGGCGAGCCGCCCCCCCCCGCGCCCCCCGGCGCCACCGCCGCCCCCCCCGACAUGGCCACCACCAUCAUGGAGACCACCACCACCAUGGCCACCACCACCACGCGCCGCGGGCGCUCCCCGACCCUGCGCGACACCGUGGCCCAGAACACGGACGAUCUCCUGGUGGCGUCGGCCGAGUGCCCCAGCGACGACGAGGACCUGGAGGAGUGCGAGCCCGGCACAGGCGGCGAGCUGGUGCUGCCAGCGUCGCCGGCGGCCCCCCCCCCCCGCCCCCCCCCGGCCUGCGGCCCCGACUGCGAGGAGCCCCCGGCCGCCUCGGGCUUCGCCUCGGGCGAAGCGGCCGACUCCAGCCUGCCGCCGGCCGACGACGAGGACUUCGCCGCCGCCGCCGCCGCCCCGCCGCCGCCGCCGGGCGCCGUGGAGGUGGUGCGCGAGGCCGGCAGCACCACGGGCAUGGUGGUGGGCAUCGUGGCCGCCGCCGCCCUCUGCAUCCUCAUCCUCCUCUACGCCAUGUACAAGUACCGCAACAGGGACGAAGGCUCCUACGGCGCCGAGGCGGCCGCCGCCGCCGCCGCCCGGGGAGGGGGGUCCCGCGGCGCCGCCGCCAUCGAGAAGCCGCCCGGUGCCGCCAAGGCGCCUGCCAAGGGGAAGAAAAACAAGGACAAGGAGUAUUACGUGUGAGAGCCCCGAGCGGAGCGACGCGGGGCGCGUGCGUGUGUG